AUGCCUACCGUGACCUCCACGGUAGGGCUUUACGCAAGCUCGGCCAUCCUGGCCAUCGCUCAUAAAUUUGCCUGGGUUCCCAGUUCUUCCACGAACAUUCCCACCAGGACUUUCGAUUUAGAGCAGCCCAAGAAGGCGGCAUACCAGGCAAUCGUGGCCCAUUUUGUAGAUGCGGAGACGAGAGAAGUCGCCCAAGCGUUAUUGUCACUGCGCGAGUUCAAAGGAAGCCACAAUGGGGAAUUGCAGGCCAAGGUUUUCCUAGAAGUUGUCGAAGAGUACGACCUCAGCGGGAAAGUUGGCUACUUUACGAUGGAUAAUCACGAUGCUAACGAUACUAUGCUUGACGAUGUCGCAAAAGAGAUUGAGAGUUUAGAUCCGGUUGCCAAGCGACUACGCUGCAGUGGCCAUAUCAUGAACCUCAUCGUUCAAACCUUCCUCUCUCGGAGCAAGGCAAAGAGGAUCCAGGAGGAUGAACAAGAGGGGAUUGAUGUGGCGUAUGAGCGGCUGUGCAGGCUAUCCGAAACAGAAGGAGGAGGCAGUAUUUCGAAGGCACAAGCUACUGAGGAGUGGCGGGAGUUUAGUGUUCUAGGCAAACUCCACAACUUGUGCAUAUAUUCAAGAAGCUCUACCAGCAUUUACAACGACUUCAAGGCCAAGAUUGGCAGGGCCUUGCCGAGGGACAAUGAUACACGUUGGAACUCAUGGUUUCGCCUCAUUGACGUGGCUAUUGAGAGACGGGCAAAGCUCAUGGAUUGGAUUCAAGAAAAUCACGCCAAAAUCGAGAAAGAUGCACUAGACCAUAACGACUGGAACGAACUCAGAGAUAUUCAUGCGUUCUUACAGGUAUUCCACCAGAUCUCGGUACGCCAAGGCCGGGAGAAUACUCUCGAUGAAGUUCUCUCCCACAUGGACUUCCUGCAUGAACACUUCACGCAGACUAAAGACCGGGCUUUCAGUGACCCACGCUUCUACGCCCGCUUUCACGUGGCUUGGCUCAAAUUCGAGAAGUAUUACCAGCUUACUGAACUAGCCCCCGUGUAUGUGGCCGGUAUUCUCCUCCACCCAGCACUCCGAAAGAGCUAUCUGAGUGAGCAGUGGAAGAGAAACCCGGCCUGGGUUAGCAAUGCCGUGGAUGCCGUAAGGAAGAUUUGGUCCACAGAGUACAAGAGCUACCAGCUCCCAGAUAAACAACAGGAAAAUGAGGCAGAACUCGAUGAGUUUGAUCGCUGGAGGCGGAAGGUAUAUUGCACAUCAAAUGAGGUGAAGGAUGAAUUCGAGCGCUUCAUUUAUGGCUCACAAGUCGGGAUUGGGCAACAAACGGCCUUAGAGUGGUGGCUUGAACCGACCCAGAGAGAAAACUACCCCCUCCUCUGCCGUAUGGCUAUUGACGUAUUCUGCGUCCCCCCAAUGUCUACGGAGGCAGAGCGAAUCUUCUCAGGCACAAGACGGCAGGUUACAUGGGAUAGAAGUAACAUGUCUGCCAAAAUGGUGGAGGCAUGUGAGUGCAUUAAAAGCUGGAUAAGUGUUCCAAAAGGAAAGAGUAGGCCGCUUCUUGCUGGGGUGUUCAGGAGAGCGGAGGAUAUUGACGCAGCUGUAAGGAUACUCCAAGAAGAUAUAGAGAUUGGUAAGGGGGCGGAGAGUGAUGGCGAGACUGGGGAAUUGGCAGUAUAG